UACCUUACCCUAGACGAGGAGAAAGCUAUAGUUAGGUUUUUGUUACUAAUGUCUAGUCUCGGGCACCCUGUACGAAUUAAAUAUAACGUGACGGAUAAGCCAGUCGGUCAGGCAAGCGAGUCGGUCACCUCACCAACUUUGCGCACCUCUGCGGGCAUAUAUCUCAACAACAUAAUAGUAUAA